AGAAGAAGGAGGAGGAGGAGGUUGCAGUAAAUAUGGCGGCGCAGUGUGAUUACGGAACAGAAAUCUUGAACUUGACUCGUGUUUAGGGCCCGGUACCGUCUUUUCCUGCCGCUUAGUGUCGGUGUGAGUCCGGUGUGAGGAUGGCCCACCGCUACCUGCGGCUGUCAGCCGGCUGCAGGAACACCUUCCGGCUGCUGCUGCCCUCCAGCAGCGCUCCAGCCAGACAGGUGACGUGUUCGACCACGGCAGGACAGGUAGAAAGGGGGCGGAGCCUGCUGAAUGAGCUGCUGGGAGUGUACAGGAGUCUCAGUUCCAGACCACCUAAAGGUUUUGAGAAAUAUUUUCCUGAAAAUCAGAGAAAUCCAAAAAACACUGAAGCUGAGGAAAAAACCAAAGGUACAAAUCUACUGUCCUCUGCUGUCCUCUACUUUCCUCUACUGUCAUCUACUGUCAUCUACUGUCACAUCUACUGUCACAUCUACUUUCCUCUACUGUCAUCUGCUGUGGACCGGUUAGAGGUGGUCAACAAGCGCUACGUCAAGGUGGUCUUCUCUCCUGGGAAGAUGCCGGUGGACGGGCAGUACGUGUGGUUCAACAUCGGCAGCGUGGACACGUUUGAGAGGAAUCUGGAGACAGCUCAGUACGAGCUCGGCAUCGAGGGGGAGAACAGACUGCCGGUGGUUUAUUCCACCGAGAGUGACGGCACCUUCCUACUGAGCAUGCUCCCCACUGUGCUCAUCAUUGGCUUCCUGCUGUUCAUGCUGCGGCGGGGACCGGCGGGGGCGGGGCGUCCCGGCCGGGGAAUGGGCGGACUGUUCAGUGUCAGCGAGACAACGGCUAAGAUCCUAAAAGAUGAGAUUGAUGUGAAGUUCAAAGACGUGGCGGGCUGCGAGGAGGCGAAGCUGGAGAUCAUGGAGUUCGUCAACUUCCUCAAGAACCCCAAACAGUACCAAGACCUGGGCGCCAAGAUCCCCAAGGGAGCCAUCUUGACGGGUCCUCCAGGAACAGGAAAGACUCUUCUGGCCAAAGCAACGGCUGGUGAGGCCAACGUACCGUUCAUCACCGUCAACGGCUCAGAGUUCCUGGAGAUGUUUGUGGGCGUCGGCCCCGCCAGGGUCAGAGAUCUGUUUGUCAUGGCGAGGAAGAACGCUCCCUGCAUCCUCUUCAUCGACGAGAUCGACGCUGUGGGACGGAAACGAGGACGAGGAAACUUUGGGGGACAGAGCGAACAGGAGAACACGCUGAACCAGCUGCUGGUGGAGAUGGACGGGUUCAACACGGCAACCAACGUUGUGGUUCUCGCAGGAACCAACCGGCCGGACAUCCUGGACCCGGCUCUGAUGAGACCUGGACGCUUCGACAGACAGAUCUACAUCGGUCCUCCUGACAUCAAAGGUCGAGCGUCCAUCUUUAAAGUCCACCUGCGUCCUCUGAAGCUGGACAGCGAGCUGGACAAAGACGCUCUGGCCAAGAAGAUGGCGGCGCUCACACCUGGAUUCUCAGGCGCAGACAUCGCUAACGUCUGUAAUGAGGCAGCUCUAAUCGCCGCUCGCCACCUUUCAGACGCCAUCAACCAGAAACACUUUGAGCAGGCCAUCGAGAGAGUGAUCGGAGGUCUGGAGAAGAAGACUCAGGUCCUGCAGCCGGAAGAGAAGAAGACGGUGGCGUAUCACGAGGCUGGUCACGCUGUUGCCGGGUGGUUCCUGGAGCACGCCGACCCUCUGCUAAAGGUGUCCAUCAUCCCCAGAGGGAAGGGCCUGGGUUACGCUCAGUACCUGCCCAAAGAGCAGUACCUGUACACCAGAGAGCAGCUGAUGGACCGCAUGUGCAUGACCCUCGGAGGCCGAGUGUCCGAGGAGAUCUUCUUCGGACGCAUCACCACUGGAGCUCAGGACGACCUCCGCAAGGUCACACAGAGCGCCUACGCACAGAUUGUUCAGUUCGGGAUGAACGCGAAGGUGGGUCAGGUGUCCUUCGACCUGCCGCGACAGGGUGAGAUGGUUCUGGAGAAACCGUACAGCGAAGCCACGGCUCGUCUCAUCGACACCGAGGUCAGAACCCUCAUCACCGAGGCGCACCAGAGAACCCACCACCUGCUGAGCGACAAGAAGGCUGAGGUGGAGAAGGUGGCGCUGAGGCUGCUGGAGAAGGAGGUUCUGGAUAAGAGCGACAUGGUGGAGCUGCUGGGCAAACGUCCGUUUGCUGAGAAGUCGACCUAUGAGGAGUUUGUGGAGGGAACCGGAAGCGUGGACGAGGACACGACGCUGCCGGAGGGUCUGAAGGACUGGAACCAGGAGAGGAAGGACAAGGAGGAGAGCCAGGAUGAGCAGGUGGCCCGCCAGAUCUCUGGAGGAAUGCCCUUCUAGAACCUUCAGGCGGAUGGCUGAACACCCAAAUACGGACCCGUCGAUGUCACAUUCUCUGAAGUACCGUCUGUCUGAAGGUCUAGAACCUCCUCACUGACUCCCAGAAUAAACACCAAACCUUCACCCUGUAAUGUUCUCAAGCAUUCUGUUGGAUGUCUGGGUUCUCUCAUCAUUCUGUACCCCAUCUGACCCUUUCAAAUACGUCUAGAACUUUGCUUAUUGAGAGUUCUCUGGAGUUCUGCACUCACCAUUCUGCUAAUAACGUCAAACCUUGUUCAUAGUUCUUGAACCUUCACUCAGCUCUGACCUUAUGAACUGUUGCACAGAGGAACUCUACACAGAAAUGUUCUAGAAUGAAACUGUUGUAGAACCCUCAAAAGCGUUCACUCCAUUAUCAGGUUCUAGAACAGCAGACUUCUAAAACCGUCAUUAGGAAGAAAGAUUUAAACCACCCGACCCCUCUGUUCCACACUCACAGAACCCUGACAUCAAGUUCUUAAUCAUUUCUAAACUUUACAAAUCUCCUGACGUUAAACAUUUUGUUCCAGAGCAGGUUUCUCAGUCAUUCACAGAACACACAGUGUCUAAGUGUCCUACAGUAACAAAUCUAGAACCUACCCUGACCAACAGAACCCACUUUUAUUUAAUGGAUAACUUUCACUCCAAAGCAGAGAAAGUUCUGUUCCUGGUGUUCUGCAGUCAGCUUCUACUACAACACGUCUUCACCGUAACAUCUGAACUGAAGAACCCUGUCACUGAGAUCAGCAUUUCUCUGCACAAAACCACAGAACCUUUCUUUGCUCUCGAAUCCGUACUACAUUGAAGGGUUCUACAUCAGCAGGAACACGAGCUGUGCUUUGAUGGAGAUCUUAACAGAUAAACUUGAAAAACUUUUACUUAAACUCUGAGCAGUAGAACCAUUUAAGAACCUUUCUGUAUGUGUAGGUUCUGGAUCCAUCUCUGCAGCAGCCGGUUCCUCUUCUCUGUUUUCUGGUUCCAGCAGAUGACGAACGAAGCGAUGACAGAGCGUUACAGGUGACCUUCAGAUGGAGGAAAAAGAAACUCUGAGGUCAUCAGGCGUCAACUCAGUGAGCACCGAGUUCUCCUUAGAACCCUCAGCUGCUGAAGGAUGAACGCUGCAGAUCUGAUCACAGUCUGACUCAGUUAUUGAUCGUCAGCACUGAUCUGAAUGUCCUGGAGACUAGCUCAGUCUCCAUCUUCAUCAUCAUCACUGUCGGCAUGGUAACUGCUGUUGGUAGACUGAAUGAAGAGGGAUGCUAAUGUAAAGCUAAUAUUAGCAUGUGGUGGAUGGAAGCAGCUGCAGUCUGCUGAUCAGAUAUUGAUUAAUUACCGAUCAGUUACACACUCAUAUCAUCUGUAAUAAUUAAAUAAAAAUGUGUAUAUGUGUGUUCUGCUUCAUGAUUGAAAUGUUUUAAUAAAGUCACAAAAACUCAUCAA